GACGGUCAGGAGGAAACCGAGCGGCACAAAGCGCCUCUCUCCUGCCCCCGGCACACAAACCUCCUACUACAGCGAGUCCGUGAUGAGCGAGUCCUACCUGGGGGGCAGCCGUGGCCUCGCUGCCCUGGGCAGCUCCAUGCUGGACGAUGAGCUGGACAGCAGCACUUACUGGGGUGGGGAGCUGUCCACCAGGAGGAGAAGAGGCACAGGGGACACAGAGUCCAGCAAGAUCAACGGGCUGCUGGAGAGCAAGACAUACGACACCUACGCCUCUUCGUCUGGAUACUCCUCAGAAGAUGACUACGCUGGUCACUUUUACUCAGGCCAGAGUAGCUCUGGGUCUGGUCUGAGGACUGCAGCCUCCCGGGUGGGCUUCUUCCUCUGGCAGGUGUUCACCUCCCCAGUUCGGUUCCUGGGAUGGCUAUUCUCAGGCCUGGCAGGUGCCUGGCACCGCCUCACCGGCACAGCUCCCCAUCAGUACAGCGUCCCCUUCUCCAGGCGCUACCCACGUCUGAAGAGGUCCCUGCUGUUGCUGCUCCUCCUCCUGCUCCUUGCUGCUGCUGCCUACGGAGCUUGGUACUUCUACCCUUAUGGGCUGUCAACGCUCAGCCUCCCUGCCUUCCCAUGGUGGGGAGCUGGAAAACUUUCCUCCUCCGAUGUGCCUGGGGCAGGGGACCUGACCACGCUGGACCAGGGGGGACACCGGCUCCUGGCUCGCUUCCAGUCCCUGGAGAAGCGCUUCGAGGCACUAGAGGCUGAGAUGUCACGAUGGGAGCUGCAUCGGGGGGCGGCAGCAGUGACAGCGGGGGGAGAGCCACCCCCGGGGGAUAUCGUGGCCCUGCUGGAGAGGCUGGUGAGCCGCAGAGAUGCAGCACUGAAGGAGCAUCUCCACAGUGACAUGACCAGCCACCUCCAGGGUGAGCUGGAUGCCUUCCAAGCCCAGGUGCAGAGGGAUUUAGACGGGCGCCUAGGGAAGAUGGCACAAACCUCUCGGGCAGCCAGUGGUAUCCUGAGGUGCAUUGAGAAGAGCACUGCCAGCAGCUCAGUGCAGGAGAACCUGCAAGGGACCUUCCAGCAGGAGGUGGGCAAGCUGGAGCAGGAGGUGGCAGCGCUAAGGAGGGAGCUGGCUAGCCUCAAGUCAGACCAGGAGGUGAUGGGAAAGCACAUGGAAGGGAUGCUGGAGCAGCUGAAGGCAGUGCGGGCUGACGUGGAAGCACAAUUCCCAGUGUGGAUCAGUCGGUUCCUGUCACAGUCCCAGCAGGAUGGCACUGCUGGCCUCAUCCUCCAGCGGGAAGACUUGCAAGCAGAGCUCCAGGCUCUGGAGCGCAAGAUCCUGGCCAAAGUCUCGGAGGACCGAAGACUGUCGGCACGGGAUGCUCAGGCUGGCAUUGGAGUGGCCCUGCGGCAAGGGGGGACUGCAGGGGUGACAGAGGAGCAAGUGCAUCUCAUCGUGGACCAGGCCCUGAAGCGCUACAGCGAGGACCGUGUGGGGAUGGUUGACUAUGCCUUGGAGUCAGCAGGGGCCAGUGUCAUCAACACCCGCUGCUCGGAGACGUAUGAGACACGGACAGCACUGCUGAGCUUGUUUGGCAUCCCUCUGUGGUACCACUCACAGUCCCCACGUGUCAUCCUGCAGCCAGAUGUCAACCCUGGGAACUGCUGGGCAUUUCGUGGCUCCCAGGGCUUUGCUGUCAUCCGCCUCUCCAGCAUCAUCCGCCCCACGGCCGUGACACUGGAGCACAUCCCAAAAGCUCUCUCACCCCAGGGGACCAUCCCCAGUGCUCCCAAGGACUUCGCUGUCUAUGGCUUAAAGGAAGAGAAAGAAGAGGAGGGCCUUAUCCUUGGGCAGUUCACCUACAACCACGACGGUGACGCCAUCCAAACGUUUAACUUGGAGGGUGACUCCAUGGGCACAUACCAGCUGGUGGAGCUCCGAGUGCUGAGCAACUGGGGCCACCCUGAAUACACCUGCAUCUAUCGCUUCCGCGUGCACGGGGAGCCAGCGCACUGA